UGCAUUUCUUCACGACUCGGCUCUUGUCUUAAAGCCAUUAUAUUUGCGAAAAAUUCAUAUAUAUUUGGCUUAAAAUUCUUUGCAUUAUUUGCAAAUCUUUACUUAAAAACUUUUGCUUUUUUUCUACUUUUGCUUCCAAUGUCUUCAGGAGGAGAAUCACCGAUUAUAGGUAUGUGCCAUAAAUGCGGGGAAAAAGUGUUGGGCGAAGGCAGUGGCUGUACAGCUAUGGAGAAAGUAUAUCACAUCCAGUGCUUCACUUGUCAUAUCUGUCACAUCGAGUUAAGAGGAAAACCUUUCUAUGCGAUGGAUGGUAAGCCUUACUGCGAGGACGACUAUUUGAAUACAUUAGAAAAGUGUUGUGUAUGUGAGAAGCCUAUUCUGGAUCGCAUACUCCGGGCCACUGGAAAGCCUUAUCACCCAAACUGUUUCACUUGUGUUGUUUGUAGCAAAAGUUUAGAUGGGAUCCCAUUCACAGUCGACGCCACGAACCAAAUUCAUUGCAUCGACGACUUCCAUAAGAAAUUCGCUCCGAGAUGUUGUGUUUGCAGAGAACCCAUAGUUCCCGAACCGGGAAAGACAGAGACCGUCAGAGUCGUGGCAUUGGAUCGCAGUUUUCACGUCAGUUGUUAUAAAUGUGAAUAUUUGUGUCACAACUGGGGCUAA